AUGUGGCGCUUCUGUAGUUGCAGUAACAGUUUUUCAGCAUUUUCUUUCUUUCUUUGUCCCCAGUUUUUCAGCAUUUUCUUUUGUUUCUUUCUCCCCAGUUUUUCAGCAUUUUCUUUCUUUCUUUGUCCCCAGUUUUUCAGCAUUUUCUUUCUUUCUUUCUCCCCAGAUUUUCAGCAUUUUCUUUCUUUCUUUGACCCCAGUUUUUCAGCAUUUUCUUUUGUUUCUUUCUCCACAGUUUUCAGCAUUUUCUUUUGUUUCUUUCUCACCAGUUUUUCAGCAUUUUCUUUCUUUCUUUCUCCCCAGUUUUUCAGCAUUUUCUUUCUUUCUUUCUCCCCAGUUUUUCAGCAUUUUCUUUCUUUCUUUCUCCCCAGUUUUUCAGCAUUUUUUUUUGUUUCUUUCUCCCCAGUUUUUCAGCAUUUUCUUUCUUUCUUUCUCCCCAGUUUUUCAGCAUUUUCUUUCUUUUUUGUCCCCAGUUAUUCAGCAUUUCCUUUCUUUUUUCUUUCUCCUCAGAUUUUCAGCAUUUUCUUUCUUUCUUUGUCCCCAGUUUUUCAGCAUUUUCUUUCUUUCUUUAUCCCCAGUUUUUCAGUAUUUUCUUUCUUUUUUUCUGUCCCCAGUUUUUCAGCAUUUUCUUUUGUUUCUUUCUCCCCAGUUUUUCAGGAUUUUCUUUCUUUCUUUGUCCCCAGUUUUUCAGCAUUUUCUUUCUUUCUUUCUCCCCAGUUUUCAGCAUUUUCUUUCUUUCUUUCUCUCCAGUUUUUCAGCAUUUUCUUUCUUUCUUUGUCCCUAGUUUUUCAGCAUUUUCUUUCUUUCUUUGUCCCCAGUUUUCAGCAUUUUCUUUCUUUCUUUCUCUCCAGUUUUUCAGCAUUUUCUUUCUUUCUUUCUCCCCAGUUUUUCAGCAUUUUCUUUUGUUUCUUUCUCCCCAGUUUUUCAGCAUUUCCUUUCUUUUUUCUUUCUCCUCAGAUUUUCAGCAUUUUCUUUCUUUCUUUCUCCCCAGUUUUUCAGCAUUUUCUUUCUUUCUUUUUCCCCAGUUUUUCAGCAUUUUCUUUCUUUUUUUUGUCCCCAGUUUUUCAGCAUUUUUUUUUGUUUCUUUCUCCCCAGUUUUUCAGCAUUUUCUUUCUUUCUUUGUCCCCAGUUUUUCAGCAUUUUCUUUUGUUUCUUUCUCCCCUGUUUUUCAGCAUUUUCUCUCUUUCUUUUUCCCCAGUUUUUCAGCGUUUCCUUUCUUUUUUCUUUCUCCCCAGAUUUUCAGCAUUUUUUUCUUUCUUUGUCCCCAGUUUUUCAGCAUUUUUUUUUGUUUCUUUCUCCCCAGUUUUUCAGCAUUUUCUUUCUUUCUUUGUCCCCAGUUUUUCAGCAUUUUCUUUUGUUUCUUUCUCCCCAGUUUUUCAGCAUUCUCUUUCUUUCUUUUUCCCCAGUUUUUCAGCAUCUUCUUUCUUUCUUUGUCCCCAGUUUUUCAGCAUUUUCUUUUGUUUCUUUCUCCCCAGUUUUUCAGCAUUUUCUUUCUUUCUUUCUCCCCAGUUUUUCAGCAUUUCCUUUCUUUUUUCUUUCUCCCCAGUUUUUCAGCAUUUUCUUUUGUUUCUUUCUCCCCAGUUUUUCAGCAUUUUCUUUCUUUCUUUCUCCCCAGUUUUUCAGCAUUUCCUUUCUUUUUUCUUUCUCCCCAGUUUUUCAGCUUUUCCUUUCCUUUUCCUCAGUUUUUCAGCAUUUUCUUUCUUUCUUUGUCUCCAGUUUUGCAGCAUUUUGUAUUCAUUCUUUCGUUCUUUCUUUGCUAACAGUUUUAAAAAAAAACAUUUUCGUCUCUUUUUUGUUUGUCACUUCCCUUUUCAUUAUUUUCUUCCUUUCUUUCUAUCUUUCUCUACUUUUUCACAAGUUUUUUGUCUUUAUAUUAAUAUUAACUUCAGCUGUUGA